GAUCUACAUGCGGCCAUCUCACCUGUAUAAAAAGGGAGCCAGCACUCACUCUUCCUGAGGCUUUGCUGGAGGUGCCUGCCUGCAAGGAGUCCUGCCUUUCACAAUGAAAGCUCUGCUGGGCAGCCUCCUGUUCCUUACCGCCUUGGUGACAGCAUGCAAUGCAGUGUGCUCUCUUGAAUACCGUAAGGGACUUCCAAACCAACCGCCUGGUGAAUGCGUGGAUCCCGAUGGUGGCAAACACCCCAUCAACUCUUUCUGGGUGAAGGACUGUAAGAGGUGUUUCUGUGGACAAGAUGCAAUUAGCUGCUGCAGCCAAAUCGCUACACCUGUGAACUUUGACAAAGAGAAGUGUCAGCAAGUUUUCCACCCAGAGAACUGCACCUAUAGUGUGGUAGAAAAGGAGAACCCAGGAAAGUUCUGUCUUGUUGAAAACUGGGUCUUAUAAAUGUGCUUCUGUUGGGUCCCAAAAUGAGCAACAUUUGAAUAUCUGUGUGAUUUAAAUUUACCAAUUAUAGGUGGUGGCUUAUAAUCCCAGCACUCAGAGGCAGAGGCAAGCAGAUCUCAUGCCAGCCUGGUCUAAAGAGGGCCACACAAAGAAACCCUGUUUUGUUUUGUUUAUUUGGUGUGUGUGUGUAUGAUUUUUCACAGGGUUUCUCUGUAUUAACAGCCCUGGCUGUCCUGGAACUCUCUUUAUAGACCAGGUUGGCCUUGAACUUAGAGAUACUCCUGCCUCUGCCUCCCAAGUAUUGGCACUACCACUGCCCUGGCUGAGAAACCCUGUCUUGAAAAAUGCAAAAUGCAAAUAAAUAAAUAAAUAAAUAAAUACA